AAACACCCAGCUUUCUCUCACCCCAUCAGACAACCAAACAUCCAGAAGAUCAUCCAUGGAGUUUUCCAAGAGUCUAGUAGCCGCCUUUGCCGUGGUGUCCAUGGCACUGGCCAUUGCAACCACCGCCUCAGCCCAGAACACGCCGCAGGACUUCGUCAACCUGCACAACCGGGCGCGCGCCGCCGACCGCGUCGGCCCGGUGACUUGGGACGCCAGGGUGGCCAGGUACGCGCAGGACUACGCCGCCAGGCGCGCCGGGGACUGCCAGCUCGUGCACUCCGGCGGGCCGUUCGGGGAGAACCUCUUCUGGGGCUCCGCGGGACGGGCGUGGAGCGCCGCCGACGCGCUCAGGUCGUGGGUGGACGAGAAGAAGAACUACCACCUCGACACCAACACCUGCGACCCCGGCAAGGUGUGCGGACACUACACGCAGGUGGUGUGGCGCAAGUCCACCCGCAUCGGCUGCGCGCGCGUCGUCUGCGCCGCCAACCGCGGCGUGUUCAUCAUCUGCAGCUACGACCCACCCGGCAACUUCAACGGCGAGAGGCCGUUCCUCGCACUUGACGCGGCGGCCAAGUAGGGUGCGCCGCACCUGAACUCGUUCGUUCCAGUGUCUCUAUACAUGGAUGCACGUAGUAUUAUUCCUGCUAAAUAAGCAAGUAUAUCUACUUGGCACUUGGUACGUGGCCACUACUCGUGUGCGCUCACCAACAGUCUUAUAUAUGAUGCAUAUAUGCAUGCGCAUCUUUAUUGUAUGUGGCCAAAUUUGUGAUGUGUAAGAUCCGAAAUAAUGGUUUACUGAGAUGCAACUUAAUUUUACAAA